GUCACGUGGCCGAGCAGCUAGCGUCCAGGGCGCCGGGCGGCGGGCCGCCGGGCAUGGACCCUCAAGCAGCCAGGGCCCCGGUGCUGGGGGCCGCGGAGCCGCCUCGGGGGCCGCCGCUGCCGAGCGCGCAGGAGGCGCCCCGCAGCUCGGGGGUGGGCCUUGCCCCAGGGGAGCACUCUGGUCAGGGGAGAGAGACUGAGAAGGCCACGGAUCGACUAGCCAGUGGAGCACAGAGCAUCCCUAAUGACAGUCCUACCCAUGGCGAGGGCACCCACUCUGAAGAGGAAGGCUUCGCCAUGGAUGAGGAGGAUUCUGAUGGGGAAGUGAAUACCUGGGAGCUCUCAGAAGGGCUGUCUGGCUGUCCGCCCAAGGAACAGGCUGCUGAUCUUUUUAACGAGGACUGGGACCUGGAGUUGAAAGCAGAUCAAGGGAAUCCAUACGAUGCUGACGACAUCCAGGGUUGCCUUUCUCAAGAGGUCAAACCCUGGGUGUGCUGUGCCGCGCAAGGAGACAUGAUCUACGACCCCAGCUGGCACCACCCUCCUCCUCUGAUACCCCAUUAUUCCAAGAUGGUCUUUGAAACGGGACAGUUUGAUGAUGCCGAGGACUGAGUGUGCCUGGUGGUGGGUGGCCGGCCCUUCAGAUCGAGGUCUCCUUUCUUUGAGGCGGGAUGUCGGAUCUGAGGAAACAUUCGCAGUGAUCCCCGAGUCGGGCGCACACCCUGGUGCCCGCCGUCCCCCAGUUCUGUUGUCAGUGUUGUUUUUAGUGAGCUCCUCCUUGGAAUGUGUGAGUGUUGGUGUCUGUGUCAGGAGGGGGAGUUGUGUUCUUUAUAAAUAAAUGUUGGAAAAAACCA